AUGGAAAUACCUUUAGAUAGGCAAUAAAGCUUAUUCUUUUAGAUGGAAUAUAAGAAAUAGUUUCCCUUAGGCGAAAAGAUGUGUUAUAGUUUUUUCGCAAUAGUUUAUUGCAUUUUAUCCAUAUUAGUCCUUUAAAAUAAGUAAAUUUAAUAACAAGUUUAGUUGUAUUGAUCCUUUAUGCUAAUAAUCUUAAGUAUUUGCUGAAACUUUAAUUUACUUAUUUUAUGGAGCAAUUAUAUUACGCUUAUUAAUAAUAUUGGUUCUGAUUAUUUCAUAUCUAAGUCAAAAAGCAUUAGUAACUACAAUAAUUCUUGAAUAGAAAUUAAAUGAAGCAGAAUUCUUUAUAACAAUUGUGUAAUCAUUAUUUUUUUUAAUAGCUUCAUGUUUCUUUCGCUAAUUUUCUAUAUAGGAGCUGAAAAUUGCCGUAAAAUGUAGGUAGGGUAUGCUUUUGUUUUCAUUUUAACAUAUGUUAUUGUUAGACUGAUGUGUUUACCAGACGGAGUUAUUAACUAUUUUGAUGGUGAAUAUUUUUGA